CUCACUGAAUGAGCGAGCUAACAACUAGCCAGUGAGUGACUAUAAGUGCCGUCGAGAACAAUGUAAUGAUUUCAGUCACUUGUGUGGGUGAAAGCCAUCAACAACAAAUUACAAGAAAAGAUCUGCAUAACCGACAAAACUUAAAAAAUAUUUAGAGAAUUUAUUAAUUUUUCAUCAAUACGGUAUUCAAAUUCAUCGUGCCAUGGAAUUCUAUACGAACUAUGAUGGUCAAAUGGAUAUGUGUUCGAAUAGUCGUAUAAGCCACUCAGAAUCUGAUUCAUCGAAUGGCAAACCCAGACAUGCAGUAAAUGCUCGUGAACGUUGUCGAACUCAAAGAAGUCCAUAUAUUUUCAGUGUAAACAGUGCCUUUAACACCCUGCGCACCCUGAUUCCCACGGAACCGUAUGACCGUAAAUUGUCGAAAAUUGAGAUAUUACGUUUGGCGAAAAGUUAUAUUUCACAUUUGGAUGCUGUCAUAGUUACAGGCAACACAGAAAAACCUUGCUCAUUAUACUCCGGACAAUCACAUCAAUGCAGCGAUAUUCGAGAAGAAGGAUCUCGGACAAGUAUAUGUACGUUUUGUGCCAAUAAAUUAAAUAAAUGUUAAUUAAUUCUAUUCUAGCUUUAAUAAUUUAUCUAUCAAAUUGUAAUUUGUAA